UUCUGUCCUAACCCCCAAAUUCAUUUCCAUUGCUUUCAUUCUUCAUUCUUUCUUUAAUCACCAUGAAACUAAUCAACAAGCUUAGUCCCAAGCGUCUCUUCCGAUCUGACAAACAGAGUCGGUUCACCGUCUCCAGAUUCGAUCCUUCAUCGUAUAGCUCGGGUUCGGCUACAUCUUCUUCGUCGGAAUCCGCCUCUUCAGUUCACAAAGGAAUCCAGUACCCUCCAUCCGCCACCGCUGGUAACGGAACACCCACCAGCGUUUUACCCGAAGCAUCGGGCGGCUGGUCUGAUUUUCCCGCUAAUUUUUAUCUAGUGCUUUCCCAAGCUGUCAAAACGGUGGAUAAAGAUAACGACGGGGUUAUUACGAGACGCGAGCUCGAGGAUUUGCUGAGCAAGUUCGCCAGGGAGCCGCCGAGCCAGGAGGAGAUGAAUCGAGACGGCGACGGUUGCAUCAGCCUGGAAGCUUUAGUGAGCCAGGUGGCCGGAUCGGGCUGCUACGAACCGGCUUGCGAACCGGAGCUGAGGGAGACUUUCGAUAUAUUCGAUACGGAUCACGACGGGAGGAUCACGGCGGAGGAGUUAAUGGCGUUCUAUAGGGAAAAGAUAGGGGAUGAGGGGUGCACGUUAGAGGAUUGCCGGCUCAUGAUAGCGAGUGUUGAUAAGAAUGGGGAUGGGUUCGUGUGCUUCGAGGACUUCUCCAAAAUGAUGGGGUCAUACUCUUAUUUUAAGGAGUAAAAAAGAAAAGGGUAUUUAACUUUUCUAAUUAUUUCUUUGAACUUCCACUGUUAUUUCAUUCAUAAGUGAAUUUCACGGCUUAUUUUGUGGUGAAAUUACAUAUUAGAUACCUCAAUAAGAAGGUGCAUAUUAAUUCA